AUUUAUCCAAGUGCUGUCCCACAUGUGAAUGACUCAAAAAAGUCGUGCAAUUUAUCUUUUCUAAUAAAACUCCUGAGACCAUACACCAUACCUUGCUAAGAACAGAAUCACAGGGAAAGAAAGAGUUGAAAGAUGAUAAAAAAUAGUGGCUCAGUCUCUGAAUCUCAUCCGAUGAACGGCGGAGAUGGCACUUACAGUUACACCAAAAACUCCUACUUACAGAGAGCAGCUACAAAUGUUGCCAAGGCAAAGAUGGAUGAUGCAAUUGCAGAGAAGCUUGAUGUUACUUCAGAGUGCACAUUUCGUAUAGCAGAUUUGGGAUGUUCAGUUGGACCAAAUACUUUGAUUGCUGUGCAGAAUAUAAUAGAUGCUGUGCAGCAUAAAUACCAAUUAUCCCAAGCUCCUGCUUCUCACACACCAGAAUUCCAAGUGUUUUUCAAUGACCAUGCCUCCAAUGAUUUCAACACCCUCUUUGCCUCUCUCCCACCCAAAAGGCCAUACUUUGCAGCCGCCGCGCCGGGGUCUUUCCAUGGCCGGUUAUUCCCGGAAUCCUCCCUGCACUUUGUGCAUUCAUCUUAUGCACUCCAAUGGCUGUCCAAGGUGCCUGAAGAGUUGCUGAACAAGAACUCUGCAUCAUGGAACAAGGGGAGGGUUCACUACACAAGUGCCCCAGAUGAAGUAGCUCAUGCUUAUACAACCCAAUUUGCUGAGGACAUGGUAGUCUUUUUAGAUGCUAGAGCUAAAGAGCUUGUGAUGGGUGGGCUCAUGGUGAUUAUCAUGCCAGCUAUCUCAAAUGGGAUCCCUCAUUCUAGGGUACCAGCAGGAUUGAUGUUUGAUCUCCUAGGGUUCAGCCUGAUGGAUAUGGCGAAGGAGGGAUUAAUAAGUGAAGCUCAGGUGGACUCCUUCAACUUGCCUGUGUAUGCUGCCUCGGCCAAGGAGAUAACAGAGCUUGUGGAAAGAAAUGGGUGUUUCAGCAUUGAGAGAAUGGAGAUAACAACCCCUACGUCGAGCAUUGAUGGGCCAGCUAGUGGGCAGGCAUGCACGAUGCACAUGAGAGCUGGCAUGGAGGGUAUAAUCACCAAACACUUUGGAGCUGAGAUUAUUGAUCAACUCUUUCAUCGAUUCCAUAAUAAAAUUGAAGAGUUUUCGGGCUUGCUGGAGUCCGUACACAAGGAAAAAACUCAGAUCUUCAUUGUUUUGAAACGGGUAUGAUGCAUCCAUUGAAGCAGACAUAAUACUCCUCUGUCUCACAAGUUUGCUUGUGUAUUUCUUUUCUCCAGUUAUGUUAAUGUCGAAAGAAACUCAAAAAAUAAGCUGCAAAUGUUUUUUAAGUCAAUAAAUAGAGGUCUUAAACUGAAA